CAUGCUCUUCGCUCGAAAUUGAAUCUGGAACAAAUUCGACUGUCGUUGUUUUGUCUAAGAAAAGGAGGAAAAAAACUUUUGUCCAAAAAUGAGUGCUAAAACGGUUAGAAAUGUGCGAGAGCCUCUGAAGAAGCCUCGGCCCUUAAAGUCAACUCCUAGCUCGGAGCAGUUUAAAUUGCAUAUUCAAGACCCAAAGGAGACAGUAGUUCAAAAAUCAAGAACUGAUAUUCUAGCUGAUCUUGAGAUCUUGAAUGUUAGUAUAAGCAAUUGCAAUUUUGAUGAAGUCACAGUAGCUGAUAUAUCGAGGAUGUGUACCAUUUUAAAGAAGCGUGGUGAGGAAUUAGAUUCUACAAACAAGGAUGCUCUGGACCGAUAUUUCUGUACUUUACGAAAUGCAUCUCGAGAAGAACGUCUAGAUUUAAUCUCUCGAUUAAAGUUACUUGAAAUCAUCGAAAUGAGAGCCAUGCACUGGAAAAUGAAUGAAAAUCUCACUAAUUAUUUCAAUCAAAAAUUUCAAGAAUUAGAGCAAGGUGUGGAAAAAAUGAGCAUUUCCGGUACAACUUCACCCAGUUCUCCAUAUCCUACUCAGGCUCAACACUAUCCAACCUCUGGUGGAAUUCCUCUUGCACCUGGUGAAAUUCUGAGGUCUUCUGGGAAAUUUGCCAAACCUACCAAGAUUGCUGGCAAAAAUUACUUCAAAGAUGAAAUCCUUAUCAGAAAUUCUGACUCUGGGAAAGUGAUGGGUAUCAAAGGCCGUCGAGUGCAUAUGAUAGAGGAAUUGAGUGACACCGUAAUUUCAUUCCAGCGAGUUAAUCCUGGAGCUCGUGACAGAUUGGUUCAAAUUACAGGCCCUCAUGAAGAAGCUAUUGGUCAUGCCAAAAUACUUGUAGAAGACACUAUUAGAAGGAAUGCCUCUCCUGUUAGAGAGAUUAGUGAUGCAGUACAUUUAGAUGGAGAGAGAGUUAUUUCUGAUUAUACUAGCUCACAUCAGGUGUUGGACAAUCAGCCUUUUGGUAACAAACCCCAGCUGAUGCACAGUUACAGCAUGAGUGAUGCUACUGUUCGAGAAUACAAUUUACCUGUAUAUAUUGGGCAAGAUGUCUUGAGGCUCUCUGGUACUAGGCUAGAAUUGCUAAAGACUGCAAGAUUGGUGUUAAAUGAAUAUUUUGCUGGGCAGAAUGAACUUGAAAAGCAUAGAGAAGUUACAUCAACUGUACAUGCUCAAAAUGGCGAGAAUAUUCAGCAGAGAUUUGAGUUGAAAAAGCAGUCUUCUCUGAAGGAUAAUCUCCAUAAUUCUUCUACAGCUGGCUGGACAGGUGCGAAUUUUAGACGAGACUCAGUUUCACCAUUCAGCUCAUCUGAAGAUGAUGUUGGUAAAGAGGAAAGAAGUGGAUCAGCUGAUCAAGCAAAACUUAUGAAAGAUUACUCUGUGCAAAGUUCAGCAUACAGCUCUCCUGUUCCAAUUUCUGAUAGAAUCCCCACUGUUCAAGAUAAAUCAACACUAAGCACAUCACUGCCAACGGAAUUUGUUCCCAUUUCAAGUUCCAAGGAUGAUUUUCUACCUCCGUCCGAAGAGCUACUUUCACCUUCAUUGGAUGCAGAGGCCCCUCCAAUUCCUCCACCUUCCUAUAAGAAGCACAUCUAUAGCAGAGAGUACCUUUUACAAUGUGCAAAUUCGCCUUUCAGUCAUAAGCAACCUGCUGAUUAUGUUGAGAUUCAUCAGAGUUUUCCUGAAAUCAUAUGCCAGGAAUCAAAACAUAUGUUCAGUCUUGCAGCAUACUACCAGCUUUGUCUUGAAUACUGUUGA